AUGGCCGACUACAAUCCCGACAUUUCCAACGGCACCUGCUACUAUGCGAAUGGAGAGGAGGCUCCUUCAAGAUUCAUACCUUGUGGAAAUGAGGCACUCGGACACAAGGCAUGUUGCGAAAGUCUGGACAUGUGCCUAUCGUCGAAUGCUUGCUACAACGGACAAUAUGGUGUUACCUACCUUGCUGGCUGUACGGAUCCCAGUUACGAAGACUCAAGGUGUCCAGAUAAAGGCGACUUUGCAGACCAACCAUGGGCAGGUCUAGUCUACUGCAAUGGAACCUCAAAUGAAUGGGUAGCGUGUGAGGAUAGCGGAAGCACAGUCUCGGUCCCUGAGCCCUGCUGGUGCCCUUCAUCCUCGAGAACAGUGGCAUUCACAGAUUCUUCUCAACUCACCAAUAUCAUGUCGCUGCCGAAUACACCGGGUGCAAGUGUUACUUGGAGAGACGUAUUGGCGUAUGAGUCGGAACACUCACUUACACUCACCUCAUCCCCUACAACAACAUCCGACAGUAGCAGCGUCACAACGUUACUGCCACCAGUGUCAGCACGCACAACGAACAGUUCGGUGACUUCGACAGACUCCUCCUCUUCCGAGAGCUCAGCAAGUAAGACUGCCUCAGCUUCUGCAACGCCUGAAAGCCCAACCGAGUCCUCAGGGUUACGUACCGGGCAGAAAAUAGGGGUUGGGCUUGGAGCUGCGGGGGGCAUGAUUGCUAUGUUGCUUCUAGGCUGGUUAGUCGCAAGGAGAUUGCGCCGUGGCAACGACAAGCGGCGUCAAACACCCCCAAUGGUUGAUCUCACUCGACCACAAUCAGACGGUCCACAGAUGGACGCCGACCUGAGAAGCCCGGCCUGGUCAGGACACAAGUCGGAGCUCCCGGCCGACGACAGCACAACGACAUCGCCCUCACCAGCAUACCAAGAAUUUCGGCAACCACAAACUGUGGAAGUCGAGGGAACUCCUGCCCGACCUGCGGCCAGGACCACGCAGGAUGGUGGAUACAAGAUGCCCGGUGACAAGGGCACAUAUUAUGAGAUGCCAGGGUAG